AUGCAGCUCAUUGAAGCCAGACGUCGACAAGUUCAGGAUAGUCGAGACCCUCUCUUGUUCGAUCUUAAUUCAAAAAUGAAAGAAGAAACAAAUUUGAAAGAAUCUAAGGCUAGCAAAGAAAGGUCUCUUAUAAAUCUUCAUAGUAAUAUUAAGAUGCUUAAAGCGCAGAAAGAAGCGCAUCAAAUGGAAAUGAGUACGGAACUUACACAGACUCUAACCUCGCAAGAGCAAAGGAGACUCGAGGAGUUGAUCACUAAAAUAGAGCAAAUGCGGGAACGGUUGUCAAACUUUUCCACUUCAAGAUCUGAGCUUGAAGCGCGUAAGAACGUGUUAGAAAAUGAACUUAACGCGAAUUUGAAAAGGCGACGUGAAGAACUCUUGAUCCAUAUUGAGAGUUUGGCCACGACUGAUGACGAUCAAAUACAUAAUACAAAAGACGAAUUAGAGAAACUAAUUCAAGAUAUGUCGGAACGAGCAGAUGUGGUACUAUUUAUUAUAGAAAUCGAGACAGAAUUACAGAAUUCAUCCACUGUUUUAAGUGAAAAGAGUUCAGAGUUAGAAAAGUUAAAAUCCGAACAGAUUGAACGUCAACAAAAGCUUGAACGACAACAAAAGAAUGUUGACAAGUUUCUUUCGAAAAGAAAAUUAAUAUUACAAAAGAAGGAAGAAUGUACGAAGAAUAUUCGUGAACUUGGUGCAUUACCAGACGAAGCGUUCAAAAAAUACGAGAAUACCGACCCCACAAAGCUAUUAAAACAACUACAUAAAGUAAAUGAAGGACUAAAGAAAUAUAGUCAUGUCAAUAAAAAAGCGUUUGAACAAUAUAAUAAUUUCACCAAACAGAGGGAUACCCUCACUAAAAGGAAGGACGAGUUAGAUCAAUCGAAAAGGGCAAUUAAUGAAUUGAUUACCGUAUUGGAUCAAAGAAAAGAUGAGGCAAUUGAACGAACAUUUAAACAAGUAGCGAAAUAUUUUUCUGAAGUCUUCGAGAAAUUAGUUCCCGCUGGACGUGGACAAUUAAUUAUGCAAAGAAGAAUUGAUAGGGAUUCAGAAGAAGAGGAUGAUGACGACGAUAACGAUCAUGAAGGAUCUGUAGUCGAUAACUAUACAGGUGUUGCGAUUAAGGUUUCAUUUAAUAGUAAAACCGAUGAAGGGUUACGUAUGCAACAAUUAUCAGGCGGUCAAAAAUCAUUAGUCGCCCUUACGCUAAUAUUUGCAAUUCAGCAAUGUGAUCCAGCACCCUUUUAUUUAUUCGAUGAAAUUGAUGCUGCUCUUGACGCGCAAUAUCGUACCGCUGUUGCAUCCAUGAUACAUGAAUUAUGCGAUAAUGGACAAUUCAUUACUACUACCUUUCGCCCGGAAAUGUUGGCUAAUGCUGAUAAAUUUUACGGGGUGACAUUUUCGAAUAAAGUGUCACGUGUUAGUGCUAUAAGCAAAGAUGAUGCACUUAAUUUCAUCACACAAGAACAACCACAAUAA